AGGUUCAACCAACUCUGAGUUGACUUACCCUGAGAUGGGAAACUCUGAGUUUCCGGUUACAGAACAGCUGAAAUGAGUUAGUUCAAUCAACUCUAAGUUGACUGACUCUUAGUUAAGCGAGUGCACCACAACUAUAAAAAGCCCUUAUCAAUGGAGCGCAGAUAUAAUGAGUCACCAUGGCAACAACGUCAGACAAAAAGAGGUCUGCGUAUUUCUCCCCAGCAGAACUGGAUGUGCUUAUGCAAGCAUAUGCAGAAUUUGAAGACGUAUUUUUUUUAAAAAAGCAACACGGCUGCAGCGUCGGAGGACAGAGAGUUAGCUUGGGAGAAAAUAGCUGCUCGAGUCAAUGCGUGCAAUCCUGCAGGCAUUAAAAGAACGUGGCAGCAGCUGAAAAUUAAAUAUAAAAACAUAAUUCAAUCAGCCAACAGAAAGAAGGCAGAGGCUCGCAAAAUGGGGGGAGGACCUGCACCACCUCUAACAAAUAAAGAGGAGAUGGCCCUGAGCCUGAAUGCAGGAAGACCAAUGCCUGAGGGAAUUGCAGGAGGGACUUCAUCAGAGCCAGUCACUCCAGAAUAUUUAAGUGCCUUCAUAAAAUAUUCGGAUGGUAAUAUAUCUCUUGGAGCCUCCUGUCCCAACAUAACCCCAGGCAGUUAGUGUGGAAGAACAGCAGGAGGAAGGCCCGUCAACUUCUGGUGCACAGAUGAACACAUUGCCAGUUAAGGAGUUAUAUAGACUUCUUCUUAUUAAAAAGAUAGAAAAAAACAGCAAAGAACUUGUAUACUUGGACCACCAGAUCCAAAAGGCAGAUCUGGAAAUCAAGAUUCUGAAACAAAAGCUAGAGAAGGUGCAAUGAUCGGAAUAUGUGUGCCAUCAAUGCAUCCAACCCCAUUUGGAAAUCCUAAAGGGAAUUCUGAUUAUUAGGUUACUUCCAGGGGUCGCAGCAAGAUAUUCUUAACUGAAUGUCAUUUUUGGUUUACAUCGUACUCUGCCAGCAGAUAAUUCACGUCAUCGCAACCGGAAGUACCGGUUUCACAACGAGGACAGCGGCAGCUGCUUGUUCACCUGACUUGUCCAACUGUCAGGAGCUUUCUAACAGUAGGGCAUGCCGGGGACGGCGGUGCUGAGGGCUCUCCGGACCCUGUGCCCCCGAACACUCGCGUCGACCUCAGGCAGGUUCCCGGCCCCGGUGCAGUCCGUCCUGUCUCCGGCUCCAUGUGUGUUGUACCCGCCGUGCAGGAACUCUCCCAUCAGGACGCUGCAGCUGUGCUCUGCCUUAUGUGCAGGACACAACAAGUGGUCAAAGGUGAAACACAUUAAGGGCCCUAAAGAUGAGGCCAGGGGCAGGAUGUUUAUGAAGUUUGGUAUGAUGAUAAGGAUAGCUGUGAAAGAGGGUGGAUCCAACCCAGACAUGAAUUUAAACUUAGCCCACAUACUGGAGCAGUGCAGAGCCAAGAACAUGCCCAAAGCGUCCAUAGAGGCUGCAAUCAAGAUGCUUGCAAUCAAGACUGCGGAAAAGGCUAAACCAGCGUCCCAGCACAUGUUUGAAGCACGGGGGCCCGGUGGAUGUCUGCUGCUCAUCGAGAUCCUGACUGACAACACCUCACGCAGCCACCAGGAAAUCAAACGGCUGCUUAUCAAAAAUGGAGGGAUGCUGUCAGAUGGAGCCCGCCACAACUUCAACAGGAGGGGUAUGGUGCAGGUGCCGGGCCACAAUAUCUCAACGGAGCGAGCUCUGGAGCUGGCUAUUGAGGCGGGAGCCGAAGACGUCCAGGAGAUGGAGGAUGAAGAGGAGCAGCCCCUCCUGCAGUUUAUUUGUGACAUGACGGAGCUGAAAAAAGUUCGGGCCUCGUUGGAGGAGCUGGGAAUGCAGGUUAUAUCUGCUGGGUUGGAGUUUAUUCCCCGCACCGUCUCAUCUCUGGACCAGGACCAGCUGGAUGCUGCUUCAGUGCUAAUAGAAGCCCUCAAUGACUGUGUAGACGUAGUGCGAGUGUGGGACAACAUUCAUCCUGUCAGCUGAAUACACUUCAUGGACACUUGGUGGAUACUGGAUAUCUUACACAUGGAAUAUUUGAUUUCUAAGAGAAAGGAUUUGCCAACAGAUACCCAGUACUGCUUGUAAAAAAAAUACCUCUUGCCGCUUGUCAUUAUCAGUAUGAAAAUGAGUGUCUCGGCUAUUUUGAUGCUUUCUGUGUGGUAAAAAAAUUUAAUGAAUAGAAAUAAAAUUGUUAAGAUGUAGGAAGUAAAAUAACUUCCGCAUCUGCAUUUCUAUGUUGGCACAUGCAGAUGAACUUUAAACAUUGGUGAUAAUAGGUCUUUUUUUCAUAGACUAAUCAUUUAUAAGAUCAUGAAGAAAUUAAAAUGUUCUAUCAAAGUGAAAUUUCACUUGUACUUGUUGAGGAAGGAAGCAAAGUUUAUACAUGGAUCAAUUUAAAAAUCCCCUCAAGACAUAUAAAGUGUUUUGCUUAAAAUAGUAA